UUUUUCGAAACUGGAACGGCGCGAAAUGUACUUCCUGUUGUAAACACGACAGCGUUUUAAGGAUUGUUUGGAACGACUGUUCACCGGAACUACAUCAACAAUGAGCUUUGGCGGACAGAGUACAUCGUCUGGCUUUGCUCUAAAGUCAUUUGUCACAGAGGAUGAAGUGGAGGAGAAAAAACGUAUUCGACAAGAGCAGUGGGAGAAAGUUCGCAAAGCUGAUGAUCCCUUAGAAUGUCCAGAGGAAGACACAAGGUCACUGUUCGACAAACUCCAAGAACAAAAGGACAAGAAACAGCAAGAGUAUGAAGAACAGUUUAAAUUCAGUAAUGCUGUGAAGGGGCUGGAGGACGAUGAAGCAGAGUUCCUUGAUGAAGUGUCUCGGCGUCAGAUGCAGAUUGAGAAAGAGAGGCUAAAUGAAGAGACCUCGAUAUUCAGGGAGAUGAGAGAUGCAAAUGUGGCCAAAGUCGCAGAGAAGGCUUCAACAAAAGAUGGAGAGAAGUCCACAGGAGCAGCAGCAGCAGCAAAGUCUGCACCGAUGUCCUCCAGCAGAAAGUCACAACAGUCCUUGUUGUUGGGAGCUGUGAAGAGGAAAAGUGCUGACACUCCAGAUGACAGUAAGAAACAGAGAGUAGAAGAUGCAGACAGUUCCACAGUGGACAGUUCUACAGAAGAACAGCCUCUACCAAGACGAGUGAAUGGUGUAGCCAGGGUCAUUGGCAUAUUGCCUGGAAUUGGCAACUACUCUGAUGACAGUACUGACUCUAACUCCUCAAAUAGUGACUCUGAUCUCGAUGAGUUCAUGACAAGGCCCAAAGUGAAGAGAAUCGUUAUCCAGUCAAAGGAGGGAUGUUAGCUUGGUCUUCCACAAGAUGCUGCAUCAACAUCUUCCAACAUCAGUUCCAGGACAAGACUGUACAAAGUGUCACCAUGGGUGAAAGAACUGUUGAUUUUAGUUACACAGAGAUUUCAAGGAGCAAUGUAAACAGUAGCAUCAAAUUAGCAUAUAAUGCACUGGUAUCUGAAAUAAAACCAUGUUUGUUAAGGGAACCUGUUGAAACAUACUACCCCACGCUCCGAGAGGGAUAUUCUGGAUAUCCAGGUUGGACUUCAUUUUAUUGCUUGCCUAGGAGAUGACGUCAAACAAUAGUAUGCCAUAUGGCUACGUAACUGGAGUAUGUUCACCUUCCUUUAGAGUUAAUCAGGGCAAGUACAAAAAUCAUGUACAGCAACAUAACAACAUGAAUUCGCCCAGUAUCCUUCUCAAAUGUUGAGUAGUAUAUUAGAGUGACCUGGUUAUGUUUACUUGGUUAUGGACAGCUCUAAUAACGUCAAAUAUCAGUAACAAAAUAAAUAUGUUUUAUUCGACAGAGGAAAACUAGCCCAAAGUCUACUUACAAUAUCAUUUUUAACAUUAAGCAUGUAACUCAAGGGUCCUUGACUUGUUUAGAGUUAAAGGUUCAGUGGAUCCCUAGGUUCAGAUUCUACACCAGAACAUUGCAGUGAGUCAACUACAAGAGCAAUGAUUCUCAAGCAAGACUUAAACAUAUUCACAUAAAGUACAAAUAUCAAUACACGUAUCUUGGUUUUCAAUUAUAUUUUCUCCUUACCUACCAAACAGGGUGUUCCUCAUAUAAAUCUAUUUAUCUACAACUAAAAAUGCCUUAUUGGUUUUUUAAAAUAGUUUUCCAUACCUUCAAAUUAGAGUGAUUUACAAGAGUUUUGGUCAGGUGUUACACAAACUGUCAGUAAGAUGUGAUAUACAAAAUUCUUGCCCUGGGUAUAGUUGUAAUAAGUGCCUAUGUAAUUGAUAUUGUCACUCUGUAAUUAGUUAGACUUAUCUGCAAGAAAACGCUGUUAAUUUUGAUUUCCAAACAAGAUGGUUUAUUACCUGACUUAAGACAUAAGAGGACUGCAACUGAACCUAGACCUCCUCCAACACCACAUAAUAUUAAUCAUAUUACCUGUAGCGAACUACAUGUAUGUUCAUGGCCUUAUAGCCUGACAUUGAAUAUAAUGUUAUUUAGUGGAACACUUUAAAUGGUGACUGGAUGUGCCAGUGUUUGUUCAUGCUGUUCAUUUUAAUUGUACAGGUGUAUUAUCAUUGCUACCAUCUUCAUUCAAUUUAACCUGUGUUGAUAUUCAACUUAUUUUGUUGAAGUUGCAAAUCAUUAAAUAUUCUGAAAUAAAGCAUAUUAUUAUA